AAAGAGGCAGAUGAAUUUUAUAAAGAUGGUACAAGAAAGAGCUGUUAAAAUGAAAACUUCUUGGGUGCCUUUUUUACCUAAUGAGUAUAUAAUUGUAUAAUUGUAAGUUAGGUUAAGCUUAAUGAGUAUUUAAUUUUCUAGUAGUUAAAAAUUAAUGGGUUGCUACUGAAAUUUGAUUAUAUGAGUUUAUUAGCGUUUAUAGAAAAAUAAUAUGGGAUUAAUGACUUUUCACUCUCUAUUCUAUUUGUUGGUUUCACUAUUAAGUGUACAUCUCAAUGUAAUGGGUUUUCGACUCUUAACUAGAGUGUAAAAAGUACCUAAAUGUGUUAGCAUUGAUAGGGACAAUUAUUUGUUAUAAGGCUGAAAUGUGUUGUUUUGAUCCUGUUUUUUCAGCAAUGGAUCAAGGGUAUGAAAAUUAUGAUGAGGACAGACAAGAUUAUUUAGAAACUUCAGAUUCUCAAAACACUAUUCAGAAUCAAGAUUCUUCUCAGCAACAAGUCACUACCACUAGUGGUAGUAAGCGUGGACGAACAUCAGAUGUGUGGAGGCAUUACACCUUUUUUGAUAAGAUUGUUGGUCUUGCUCCGAUAAGAUAUGCGCGAUGCAAUGUUUGCGGUAAUGAAUAUAAAGCACCAGAUAUUGUGGUCCUCCUCAUACUGGUGUUGAGAUAGAAAAAUUUGUGUUUAAACUUAUUGGGGAGUGGAACCUUCAGGGUAAAGCUUUUGCAAUUACUGUUGAUAAUGCUCGAUCUAUGGAUGUUAUGGUUAAACUUUUGAAGAAAGAUUUAAUGUUGACUUCUCCUCUUCCUUGUAAUGGUAAAUUUUUUCAUAUUCGAUGUUCAGCUCAUGUCUUGAACAUUAUUGUUCAAAGAGGUUU